AAGAUGGGUUACCUGUGAUGGAGAAAUCUGCUCGCAAUUUUGUUCAUGGCUAUUCAUUAAUUAUUAAAGAUGUAGCUGCUGAAGACACAGGGAAUUACACAAUCUUGCUGAGCAUAAACCAGUCAAACGUGGUUAAAAACCUCACAGCCACUCUACUCGUGAACGUGAAGCCCCAGAUUUACGAAAAGGUGGUGUCAUCGUUUCCAGAACCAACUCUCUACCCACUUGGCAGCAGACAAAUCCUAACCUGUACCACUUACGGUAUUCCUCAACCUACAAUCAAGUGGCUCUGGCAUCCCUGUAACCAUAACCAUUCAAAAGCAAGGUAGGGACAAAUCGUUUCUUGAC